AUGACUGCUAUGCCUCAGGCCCUUGUAUUGUCCCGAGCUUCACCUGCAACUCCUGCUACUGAAAUUGCUGUCACGUCUCGGAAUCAUGCGACAGCCCCAAAUUAUGUCAGUAUAUGGGACCCAGAAAGCGUAGGCACCCACUUUAGAAAUGGCUCUAUAAGGUUAGCUAUUGAUGGGCUAUCACUAAACCACACUUGGUGA